AUGCAGGAGCGUCCUGCCAGGUCAGGAAUGCUGCUUCGCUGUUACGAAGCGCGAGGCCUCAGAUGGAGAUAUGACAAGCUAAUAGCCCCCAACCCGCCAUCACCACCACCACCACCACCGGCGCUCAGACAGACAGCGAUCAGCUCAGAGAAAAAUGUGAAGCUCUGCAGAGAAAUGUCAGGCCUUAAAGACACAGAAAUACUAAACUCCACUGAAGGGCUAUGAAAUCUGGGUCCACAAGAUAAGUCCUGAGAUAGAUCUGCUUUUUUUUUUAUAAGAGUCAGGUGAGCUGGAAAAGUUAUAACAAACUGGACGAGCUAAAGCAGGAGAGGAGAGAAAGGUCAGAUAUCAAUAACCCUCAAAAAUCGUCACCAACUUGCAGAGCAGAACAACUUUUUGAUGUUGUUUCUCACAUCGAACCAUCAUCUACCACAUGAACGUGAAGCUGUGUUGGAAAAGACCUGUAAACUUUGAUGACUGACCCGAUUUUAGAUUAGAUCAGAUUAGUUUAACUUUUCAGUUUUGAAAGUCUAUGAAAACUCUCUGCAGCGAGGCGAAUCAUAAAGAAAUAUUAGUCCAUAGUAAGGAAAGCCAUGUUCCCCCUCCACUACCACUUAUUUGAGUCGCAUGACGAUAUAACUUGUAAGUUCUUUUGAAGACACAGACACUUCUUCACCAGGUACAAUCACCGUUAAGACUGUUUGUCAGAUAGCCACACUGCAGGUUAUCGUCAAACUUUAUACAAAGAGAGAUAAAGUCGUUUUUCUGACAAUCUCAUCCUGUCCAAUAAAACGGAAACAGAAGCUAACUCAGUUAAGUAAGCUCAUAAAAGCCUGUCUUGUUUCUGUGAUUUAACAUAAACGCCAGUAUUUUGGGAAAUCCUCUGUUCUCAGUAUUCUCAGCUCUAUUUUAAAGUCUUUGACCUUAAAUUCUGAGUCACACUGAUGACUCCUGAUAUAAUAAUAACCGGUAGAAAAUGUGAACCUUGAUGGGAUUAAGUAUGAAAGUUCGAGGAAUCCUUCGUGAAAGAAAAGGAUUAGAAAUAUCCAGCAGUAAGAAGCGCCACAGGCUGCAGCCUCAGCUGUGAUUUACGAGCCCGUGGUUCCCUCGACUUCAUCUGAUUUACUUUUCUAUGAACCCGACGGCAUCAUAACAAUUUUUUAGCUGAAAAUAUCUCUCCUUCGGGGGCUCCAGGGUGGCCCCACACCUUUGCCUCCCCUGCUACAGAAUAGAUCUAAAAGAAUUAUACUCGCUCAGGCUUUGUUUCCACAUAUAAUCACACAAAAGGAUUUCUCCUGAAAAUGAUCAUAAAUCACAGGCCGGAUCAAUACGCCCGGCCCGGGCUGCACUAGCCUGAUAACACAAUCAAUACGGGGUAUUUGGAUUUUAAUUAAUACAUGACAACGCCCAGGACCUGAAACAGUGAAAUAUGACCUCAGUCCCUUUUGAAAUACGUCCUGCAGAGCAUCACACGCCACAGCUCAUCAGACGUCAAUGUGAUCUACCUGAUCCGCUGAAGACAGGGACAAGCUGAGAGACAGAGAGCAGGAGGAAGAGGAGGAGGAGGAGGAGGAGAGUGGACAUGGAGACCAGGGUGAACAAGGCCAAGAAUCAGUCCAACAUCUCUAUGAGGUUGAAUUAGAGAGGAGAGAUCGGAGUGUUUCAAGACACUCCUCAUACGUCGAUCUGAUUUUACAUCAUCAAGAUGAUCAAAUCACUGCGACUCAGUCUUCAUGUAAAUACUAAAAUAUGCCAUCACUCAAAUAGCGACUCAUCCUGAGAGGACAAGUGACUCCUGUUAAAAACCUGUUUACAUUUUCUGAGAUUUUUAUUAAAAUAUAUUAAGAUAUUUAACAAAAUAUAACGUUUAAAAUGCAGGAAAUCAACAUGGUGGUUGGGAUUCAUCCUCUGGAGAGAAGUAGUAUCAAUUCAACAUUUUGGAAAUACGGAUCUAAAUUUAUCAAGAUAUUUUAGCAAAAUUUUAAAUUAUCAGUCGAUGUUCUACUGAAUACUUCAGGGGGUUUUCAGAGUUAGGGUUUAUUUUCUGGGGACCCUGAAAAACUUUUUUCAGACAUUUGGAGAUGGAAGUCUAAAAUUUUGCUGGAUUUUUAAGAAGCAAAUCAACAACAUUGAAAUACUUGUUGCUCUGUCUGAUUAUAAAAGAUGUAUUAAAGGCAGAGUUAUUGGUGUUCAUCUUCUGAGGAUCAGGAAAACCUCUUUUCUGAUUUUCAGACACAAUGAUCUAAAAUUUCUGAAGCUUUUUAAGCAAAAGAAUCAACAACGCUGAUCUACUCCUAACCCAAUUAAUAACUAAGGGAGUCAGCAGAGUUAUUGGUGUCUAUCCUCUGGGGACAAGGAAAAUCUUUUCAAGAAAUACAUUUAAAAAAGCCACGCAAGUUUACUUGGGAUUUUCCUCUAAAAACAGAACACAUUAAUGUAAUUGUGGCUCUAUUCAAUAACUCAGGAGGUCAGCAGAGAUAUUGGUGUUCAUCUUCUGAGGAUCAGGAAAACUCCUUUUUUGAUUUUCAGACACAAUUAUCUAAAAUUUCUGAAGAUUUUUUUAGCAAAGGUAUCAACAACAUUUACCUACUUGUAACACAAUUUAAUAAUUCAGGGAUUUAGCAGAGAUAGUGGUGUUCAUCCUCUGGGGACCAGGAAAAUAUUUGGAAAAAGUCAAUUAAAUUUUCUUGGGAUCUUCCUCAAAAAAACAAAAACACCAAUGUAAUCGUGGCUUUAUUCAAUGACUCAGAGUUAUUGGUGUUCAUCCUCUGGGGACUAGGAAAACCUCUUCUGAAUUUUAGACACAGUAAUUUAAAGAAUCAACAACACUGAUCUACUUCCAAUUCUAUUUAUUAAUUCAGGGAUUUAGCAGAGAUAUUGGUGUUCAUCCUCUGGGGACCGAGAAUGUAUACAAGAAGUCAGCACAAAAAAUCUAAAAGUAUAAAAUAAAAAAAUCAAAGUAUUAACCUACAUGUGUCGAAUAAAAUGUUGUGACCAGUGAAGUUGAAUUUGUUCAUCCUCUGGCGACUAUGAAUCUAAAAUGUAAGAUACUGAGAUCAUUCGUAGUGUGGCGGACUGGCCUGCAGACACAUGCAGGAGUCACUCUGCUUACAUGUUUUAAAACAAAGCCUGAUCACCCGAGUCCAUCUUCACGUCCCCGCGGAGAGACCAACAAUUGUCAGGACCGAUAUGGAGGCUCAGACGGGCUGCGGUGCAAUAUCCAAAACCUUCACUCAGCAGUUAUUGCAGCUGAAUGAGAGCGGGUCCUUCAUCCCAAAACACAAAGCAAAGGGGGAAUAGACCAAAAAGAAAUCAAAAGUGAACAAAGAGGGAUUGAACAGAGAGCGCAGGGUGAUAGACAGCAGCGAGACAGGGCUGUUAGGUUAUGUAGACCCAGGCCCGAGUGGCUGGGAAAUUUCUGAUCGCUUUAAUUCACUACACCCAACUUGGCUCUCUGCUUUUAUCUAACACUGUGUUUCUGUAUUGAUUUUUUCUCUUUAUCUUCCAGGCCGGAUAAGAGGACAGAGAAGUACGGGAGUGAGAGUGAAUGGAGAACUUUCCUGAAGAUUGCUGCUAUUCUCCGCCUUAUUGCCUCCUGUCCUUCAUGA